AUGUGUCCCGUUGGUCCUAUUCCGGCAUACUGCUACCAACCACCACCAUCGCCACCUCCUCCGCCAUCUCCACCUCCACCACCAUUCUAUUUUCCACCAUCACCUUCUCCAACACCACCACCAUCGCCACCAUUUCUCUCCCAGACAGCUCAGGUAAUACUCAUGACCGUCACACUCAGUGGUUUCUUCCUCCUUGCACUUCUCCCACUUGCUCUUUUCUUGUAUUCAGAAAGGACGAAAUUAAGGCCAAUAGUUGAUGAACCUGAGAACACAAAUGUCCCAGAACUGCAGUGGAUCUCCCCCGAAGCCAGUGUGACUGAACCAUUAAUAAAAAAGAAGGAUGGAAUUCAAGAAGAAAUAGUUCAAGUAUCUGAGAACAGUGUCCCAGAACUGCCGCAGUGGUUCUCCCCCGAAGCCAGUGUGACUGAACCAUCAUCAAUGAAAGAGAAGGAUGGAAUUCAAGAAGAAAUAGUUGAAGAAUCUGAGAACAGAAGUGUUCAAGAACCGCCACAAUCGAUCUCCCCCGAAGCCCAUGUGACUGAAACAUCAAUGGAAGAGAAAGAUGGAAUUCAAGAAGAAAUUAGGGAAGAAAGUGCUGAGGAAAACAGGCUUCCACAAGCUAUAGGGAUGACUACAAAGCCUCCUAUGACCUGA